GGCCUCCUCCCGCCGCCCAGGAGGGACGUGGGUGUCGGGACCCAAGUUUGUGCGGCACCUGCUCAGCGCCGCAGGAUGAAGGUUCUCCUCCUCAUCCUCCUCGCCCGGCUCUGCUCACCAUCUCUGGUCCCUGAGAGGGAGAAGGACCCCGAGUACUGGCGGGGGCAGGCACAGGAGACCCUGCGGGCUGCCCUGCGGCUCCAGCGCCUCAACCAGAACGUGGCCAAGAACCUCAUCCUCUUCCUGGGUGACGGCAUGGGCGUCUCCACCGUCACGGCCGCUCGCAUCCUCAAAGGGCAACUGCAAAACCGCAAGGGCGAGGAGAGUCUGCUGGAGAUGGACAAGUUCCCCUACGUUGCCUUGGCCAAGACCUACAACACCAACGCGCAGGUGCCCGACAGUGCGGGCACGGCCACCGCCUACCUCUGCGGCGUCAAAGCCAACGAGGGGACGGUGGGCGUCAGCGCCGGCGUCACCCGUGACCGUUGCAACACCACCAAGGGCCAGGAGGUGACCUCCAUCCUCCGCUGGGCCAAAGAUGGAGGCAAGUCGGUGGGCAUCGUCACCACCACGCGGGUGACCCACGCGACGCCCAGCGCCGCCUACGCCCACUCGGCCAACCGCGACUGGUACUCAGAUGGAGAGAUGCCCCCAGAUGCGUUGGAGGGCGGCUGCAAGGACAUUGCCCGGCAGCUGGUGGAGAACAUCCCUGACAUCGAGGUGAUCUUGGGCGGUGGGCGGAAAUACAUGUUCCCCAAAAAUGCCAGCGACGUGGAGUAUCCCCAUGAGGACAAGCAUCGGGGUACCCGCCUGGACCGCAGGGACCUCGUCCAGGCAUGGCAUGAGGCCAAGCCCCCCGGCAAGGUCGCCAAGUACGUGUGGCACCGGCGGGACCUGCUGGCGCUCAACCUCAGCCGUGUUGACUUCCUCCUGGGCCUCUUCGAGCCGGGUGACAUGGUGUAUGAGCUGGACAGGAAUAAUGAGACGGAUCCGUCCCUCACCGAGAUGGUGGCUGUGGCCAUCAGGAUGCUCCAGAAAAAUCCCCGGGGGUUUUUCCUCCUGGUUGAAGGGGGCCGCAUCGACCACGGGCACCACGAAGGGAAGGCGAAGCAGGCGCUGCACGAGGCAGUGGAGCUGGACCGGGCCAUCGGGCUGGCCGCCCGCCUCACCUCGCCCCAGGACACCCUCAGCGUCGUCACCGCCGACCACUCGCACGUCUUCACCUUCGGCGGUUACACCCCCCGCGGGAACCCCAUUUUCGGUCUGGCCCCGAUGCAGAGCGACGUGGACCGCAAACCCUUCACCUCCAUCCUCUACGGCAACGGCCCUGGCUAUAAAAUUGUGGCGGGUGAGCGAGAAAACGUCUCCGCCGUGGAUUUUGCGCACGCCAACUACCAGGCACAAUCAGCCGUGCCGCUGCGCCAGGAGACCCACGGCGGUGAGGACGUGGCCGUUUUUGCCCGCGGCCCCAUGGCUCAUCUCCUCCACGGGGUCCACGAACAAAACUACAUCCCCCACGCCAUGGCUUACGCCGCCUGCAUUGGCUCCAACAGAGCCCACUGCAAUGCCGCCAGCCGCCCCGCCACCACCAUCCUCCUGCCCUUCCUCGCUCUCCUCUUCCUCCUCUGCUAAAGCACCUUUUGCAAACCAUGGAGGGGGAUUUAUUUUUAAUUCCUCCAUUUUUUUUUUUUUUUUUUUCUUUUUUUUGUGGAUAGCAGCGCCCAGAAAGAGGAGAGAAAAAGAAAGACUCAGCGGAGCAAAAGCAGCCGCCGGCGGUUUCGUGCUGGGAGCUGCCUCUGUAAAUACACGGUUCCUUCCCCUAUAAUUAGCAUCGUUGCCUGCCCUAUCCCGAACCCACUGCGGGAUUUGGGAUGAGAGCCGGAGCCUUGGUGGAUAAAACCCCCUCUUUGAGCGAGACGUGAUGGGGCUGGGUCCCAAAAUGCCUCCUGGUCCGUUGGCUGAGGACUGACCCCGGUGCCCAACUCAUCACAUGUGUGGGUACCCAGAAACCACAAGA